UUUGGUCCUCUCCACUUUGUCCACUGCGCCUUGUUCGAUCCACGCAUGCUAUGCAUCUGCACGCAGGCGAGGUGCACCUCCAGUAUUUCAUGCCCCGCCAGCAGCAGGACGCAACCGACCUUCCGGACUUGGCUGCCAGCACAUCCUCCGCAGCUUCGCCGGCGGCCAUCAUGUGGGAGUAUCACCAGGCGCAUGCGGCCUUGCAGCCUUCCCCCUCCUGGAGCCCGUACACCGGGCCGUCCACGGCGGCUCUCCUCGACGGCUCGACCUUCGCCGCUGACUCGGUGGCAGGCGCGGACGACAUGAGGCUGCCGGUCGGCGAGCACGUCCACGGCCACGCUUGGAGCCACAACGAACUAAGCAAUGACAAUACCGGCUACAGGGAGAACUUCCUGGACCUGCUCGCGUCGAAGAACGUGACACAGGAGAUGUUCGAGGACGUCCCGGCCGGCCGCUAUGCUACAGCACCAGCCGCCCUGGCGGCCCGGUUCGAGGCAGGCUCUGACGUUUCUCCGAUCAAGUACGAGGUUGCUGCCUCGCCGUUGUUCAUGGGGAGCGGUUCUAAUGCUGCGCUCGAGGCCCAGGGGAUGAACAUGAUAAGCUGCAUACCAUACGCCGAGGACCACCACCAUCCGAGGAAGGAAGGCGUCAACCACCAGCAUCAAGAACAUGGGAACCCCAUGGCCUCCUUUCUGCAGCAAAUAAGUACUCGUCCUAGUGCCGCCAUGCACGCUAGCCUGGAUUAUUCAGGCUUGGGCGCACUUGACAAGAUUUGCCAAGAGGACCGACCAAUGGAGGCUGCCGGUCCUUUUAGCUUGAGGAGUCUACCGGAUUUCGGCUCUCUCGGUGGCUACAAACCAGCCAAGGAAUCGACGUUGGCGCCACCGUACAUGAGAUCCGCCGACAGAUCUGGCAGCAGCAGGCAAGAGCAAGAGAUCGUGCCCGCAAGGAGUAGUAGCAGCGGCAGUGGACAGCCGGCAACGACUGAUCGUAAGAAGCGAACAUCCGAGGAAAGGCGGGAAAGCACUGUCAAGAAGUCCAAGCAAGAGGCAUCCACGGCAUCACCACCUAAGCAACCAGUUCCUAAGGUGAAGCUCGGGGAGAAGAUCACAGCACUGCAGCAAAUCGUUUCGCCGUUUGGGAAGACAGACACGGCAUCUGUGCUGUUUGAAACGAUCAAGUAUAUCAAGUUUCUGCACGAGCAAGUACAGCUGCUGAGCGAGCCGUACACGAACGCGAGCAGGAACAAGGGUAACUGCAACAACCUUCUUCCUUGGGGAGAUCGUGCGGAGGCGAGCAAGGGGGAGGGCGAGCAUGACCUGAGGGAGAGAGGGCUUUGCUUGGUGCCUGUCUCGUGGACUCCUGAGGUGUACCGGGACGGUAACGCGAUGGACUACUGGACGCCGGCGUACAGGGGUUGCCUGUACAGGUGAUGGGGCCUGCCUAGCCUAACUGACUGCGCUGCAUGCAAAAUCCUUAUCAGUAGCUCUGCGCCGUGCCAGCCCGGAGCUUGAUCGUUCCAAGUUAUGUAGGAUGUGCUACUACGCCAGCUGAUGAUCGGCCUGCUUGUGGUGCCUGUAUUGCUUAGGUUAUAAUUCGUUCGCUUUGCGCUUCUAAUUAAGUUUGUUCAUCUAUAACGAGUAACAACUUCUCAAUUACAGA